CACGUCGGCGUCUCGCGGACGUCAGGGGCGGGAAUUCCGUCUACACAUGCGCAAGGCGGGGCGGGCCUUCUUCCUUCUCGCCCUACACCGCCGACAUGGUGUUCAGGCGCUUCGUGGAGAUUGGCCGGGUGGCCUACGUCUCCUUUGGGCCUCAUGCUGGAAAGCUGGUCGCGAUUGUAGAUGUUAUUGAUCAGAACAGGGCUUUGGUUGAUGGACCUUGCACUCGAGUGAGGAGGCAGGCCAUGCCUUUCAAAUGCAUGCAGCUCACCGACUUCAUCCUCAAGUUCCCACACAGUGCCCGCCAGAAGUAUGUACGAAAAGCCUGGGAGAAGGCAGACAUCAAUACAAAAUGGGCAGCCACAAGAUGGGCCAAGAAGAUUGAAGCCAGGGAACGGAAAGCCAAGAUGACGGAUUUUGAUCGUUUCAAAGUGAUGAAGGCAAAGAAAAUGAGGAACAGAAUAAUCAAGAAUGAAGUAAAGAAACUUCAGAGAGCGGCUAUCCUGAAAGCUUCUCCCAAGAAAGCGCCUGUUGCCAAGGCUGCCAUUGCAGCUGCUGCUGCAGCAGCGGCUGCUGCUAAAGCUAAAGUUCCGGCUAAGAAGGCAACAGGGCCUGGCAAAAAGGCUGAGGGGCAGAAGGCUGCAGGCCAGAAAGCCCCUGCCCAGAAGGCAGCGCCUCCUGCCAAAGGUCAGAAGGCUCAGAAGGCUCCAGCCCAGAAAGCUCCAGCUUCCAAGGCAGCUGGCAAGAAAGCAUGAGCGACUUUCGAAGAAUAAAGAUUCUGUUUGACUAUU